AUGGUGAUUCCGAAUUUGCAAAUGCCCUUUCCCGUUUUUCAGGAGGGCGAACAGCUUCUUCAAGUCUCGAAUGAUGUCUGGCAAGCACUGGGUUUGGUUAGGACGGGGCUCAAAGCAGCCAAACCGGGUUUGAUCGAGGUCGAGGAUUGUGCUUCAAGUUACAUUCAUGAAGUAAAAUGCAUAGGGUUGGGAAAUUUGCGAUCACAUACGAGGAUAGAACGAAUUGAGACAAUGUGGGUACUGGGCAUAUCUGCCCUCUAG